CAUCGCACCCUUCCUGUCCUCGACAUCAUUUCGAGCUGUUGAGCAGGGCAUCACCAUGUCUCGGCUUGUGAUUCUACUGGUUUUCUGCCUCGUGCUAGUCUCGCUUGCACUAGGACAACUAAUUACCGAGGGCGGCGAAGGCAUUAAUGCGGGCGGCGCUUGUAAGAGGGCCAAUGGCAUGGCAUGCAGUGACACGACGCAGGGAUGGGAGAAAGUCGACAUGAAGAGACAAGUUCGCAUAUCGGAAACAACGGAUCCUUGGGUCUGGGAACCGAAGAGACAGCGUCUUGCAAAAGUUGGAAGGGAGCAAAAGGAAGAUGGGGAUAACAACCUUGGAGGUCGGGGAUGGUUUCGUCGGCAAGCGAUGCAAUGGGGGCACAAAGGCUGGGCAAAACGACAAGCGCAAUUGAAUGAGGGCUGGAAAUCCGUCAAUGAUGACAAAGGCUGGGCAAAACCACAAGCGCAAUUGAAUGAGGGCUGGAAAUCCGUCAAUGAUGACAAAGGCUGGGCAAAACCACAAGCGCAAAUUUAUGAGGGCUGGAAAUCCGUCGAUGAUGACAAAGGCUGGGCAAAACCACAAGCGCAAAUUUAUGAGGGCUGGAAAUCCGUCAAUGAUGACAAAGGCUGGGCAAAACGACAAGCGCAAUUGAAUGAGGGCUGGAAAUCCGUCAAUGAUGACAAAGGCUGGGCAAAACGACAAGCGCAAUUGAAUGAGGGCUGGAAAUCCGCCAAUUAUGACAAAGGCUGGGCAAAACGACAAGCGCAAUUGAAUGAGGGCUGGAAAUCCGUCAAUGAUGACAAAGGCUGGGCAAAACCACAUGCGCAAUUGAAUGAGGGCUGGAAAUCCGUCAAUGAUGACAAAGGCUGGGCAAAACCACAUGCGCAAUUGAAUGAGGGCUGGAAAUCCGUCAAUGAUGACAAAGGCUGGGCAAAACCACAAGCGCAAAUUUAUGAGGGCUGGAAAUCCGUCGAUGAUGACAAAGGCUGGGCAAAACCACAAGCGCAAAUGAAUGAGGGCUGGAAAUCCGUCAAUGAUGACAAAGGCUGGGCAAAACGACAAGCGCAAUUGAAUGAGGGCUGGGAAUCCGCCAAUUAUGACAAAGGCUGGGCAAAACGACAAGCGCAAUUGAAUGACGGCUGGAUGCGUCGGCGGGCCGCUUGGCGAGAUGAAGGAAAAGACAAGUCCGGCGACAAGGAUCUUCGGUUUUGGGGUGUCGCAGGUCGCCAUUAGUGCUGGUAGCAAACAUCACAAGGACGGACAAAACUGUCAUCCAUCGUCUCGGUAGCAUAGAGCCAUUGUAGCAGUGAGAAAAAAAUAAAUACUCUGAAUAAGCAA